UUAAACACUAAUGAUGCAGGGUGUCUGUCACUGGCCGUUGUUGGCUCAGGCCGUGGAGACAGCUCCUCCACAGAUAGCCUUAACAACCAGUCAUAUUUACCUGGCAAGUAAGCCUCAUCUCCCCGUCUGCACAGCACAGUUUGCAUAGAAAGUGACCAGAUAAGGGGCAGGUAGGUUAUUGCAAUGCUUGACAGCUGCACAGAAAAUACGAAUCAGUGGAGAGCAGCUGCAGCAUAAAAGGUUGACAACAUGUUGGACAGGGUUAUGACCGGGAGCAGAAAUGUGAUGGAUGUGCUCAACCUGUGGAAUGAAGACCCAGAGGAGCUUCUCUUGGACCUGGGCUUCGGCUGUGACGAACCGGACCUGUCAGGACGCAUUCCAGCUCGUUUCAUCAACUAUCAAUCUCAGGCAAGAGGAAUAAACCUCCAGGUGUUUUUGGAGGCCCAGGAGAACCGACUAGACCUUGAGAACCCAGAUGUCAGCCAUCGUUUUAGACAACUCGAGGUUCUCCAGCAGGUAACUACAACACUCCGCUCCUUGGUGGUGUCUUCCUCCUCCACCUCUGUCAGAGCGCGGGUGGGAAAAACCCUGCCCCCCGAGGCCCGGGAGAGGAGGAGGCGCAUUGGUAUUCUGUUCAGACGGGCAUUAAAAAAGUCACACAGCCAAAUCCACGGCCACAAAACCCAGGACCUUACCACUUCUCAAUGUUCUGCACCGGAGUCGCUGCAAACUCAACCCAGCCUUGGAGACCACAAACUCCCCUUACAAAGAGUCAAACCUGAACUUUUGGAGUGUCUGAGUCCUCUGGCGGAGGAUCGGGGAGCUGGUCCAAACCCUCAACUACAGCCUCACAGCCAGGAGAGAUUACUCAGUCCUGGGCCACUGAGGGAAGGUCCCUCCCUUACAGCCAACACUUAUUUACAGAGGGAGAUGAGUCCAGGGCUGGCAAGUGAUUCGAUUGGAAUGGAAAAGGCAAGUCAAAAGCAAUACUAA